AUUUUUAAGAUUCAAAUUUUGUUUUCAUUUAAUAAACUAUUUGUCAAUCUCUUUUAAAACAAAUAAAAUGCAAAAGUUUUAAAAUGAACCCGACCGCACAUUAACAAAAUCGAUAGGGUUUUUAAGAUUAGGUUUAGCCUCACUCUCUUCUCUCGGCCGCAUUGGCUAGGGUUUUCUCUGUCCUUCUGCAUUUCUCUCUCUUUUUUUUUUUCUUCCCGUUUUAAUGCCUUACGAACAUAAAUUUUAGAUCUUAUUAUUUUUCAGUUAUAUUCACCGCAAUGGCGUUAACUAUACACUAGGGUUCUCUUGUUAUUUUUAAAAAAGAAAAGCUAAAGUUUUUGAUAUUAUUUCUUCUUUGGGUUAACAAAUGGCAACCAAGAACCCUUUCGAUCUCUUGGAUGAUGACACUGAAGACCCAAGUUUGCUUAUUGCUGCUGCUGAGAAGCAGAAGCUUGAAAAGCCUAAGAAAGCUCCUGCUUCGGUUCCAGCUCAAGCUCAGCCGGCUAAGGCUGCUAAGCUCCCCACCAAGCCACCUCCUCCUGCUCAAGCUGUGAGAGAGGCAAAGAAUGAGCCUGGACGGGGAGGGGGCCGUGGUAUUGGACGUGGACGUGGGCGCGGACGUGGUGGGAGUGGGUUCAAUCGUGAUUCCAAUGCUAGUGAUAACUCCGAUGGAUUUUCGGGAAGGUACAGAACCACUGAAGAGGGAGAAGGAGGGAAGCAAGCUGAAAGGCGUGGCUAUGGUGGGCCUCGAGGAUCUUUUCAUGGGGGUCGCCGUGGUGGUUUUAAUGAUGGAGAAUCUGGAGAAGGGGAACGCCCUCGCAGGCAGUAUGAUCGCCAUAGUGGGACUGGACAUGGGAAUGAGUUCAAACGUGAUGGUGCCGGACGUGGUAAUUGGGGUAGUCCUACUGAUGAAGCUGCUCCAGAGACUGAAGAAAAUGUUCCUGAGAAUGAAAAGAAUGUGAGCUCUGGGAAACAGUCUGGAGAGGAAGAUGCUGUGGAUGCUAACAAGGAAAACGCAGCAAAUGAACCUGAGGAGAAGGAGCCUGAAAAUAAGGAGAUGACUUUGGAAGAAUACGAGAAGAUUCUUGAGGAGAAAAGGAAAGCUUUGCUUGCUCUCAAGACUGAAGAAAGGAAAGUUGAUGUCAAAGAGUUCGAGUCCAUGCAACAACUUUCAAAUAAGAAGAGCAAUGAUGACAUAUUUAUCAAACUGGGUUCUGAAAAGGACAAACGCAAAGAUGCUGAUAAAGAAGAAAAAGUCAAAAAGUCUGUCAGCAUCAAUGAGUUCCUGAAGCCAGCUGAAGGGGAGAGGUACUAUGGCCCCGGGCGUGGUCGAGGCCGUGGUCGCGGUCCCAGAGGUGGAUUCGGAGGCAACACAGCUAGCGAUGUGCCAGCCCCCUCAAUUGAAGAUCCUGGGCACUUCCCCUCAUUGGGUGGCAAGUGAGAUCAGCCACUGCAAUCUACACGAUGGGUUUCACUUGCUUGGAAUUCAUUGUGAUCUUUCAAGAGGAAUGAUGACUUUAUCAGAAACCGUUUAUGUUUUUGUGUAAAUUUUAGAUAAUUUACCCAUGGGUCUACAGACUCAUGGUCUUUUCCUGACAUGCACAUCUUUUUUUUUUUUUUUUUUUGCCUUGAGUUUUUUGUUUUGGGUUAAAAUCAGAGCUUAUGGAUUACAACUGAGAAGUAGUGGCAUCGGUUUUGUCGGUUCGAGUAGGUUGAGACCGUUUUAGUUGGUCCUGUCUGAAAACAAUGCAUUCAUGUUAUUGUUUCUUUUAAUC